UAAUCUUGAUUCUCAACUCAUGUAUUCUCUUUUCAGUCUCUUCUAGGACAUUUUGUACAUGUUUGUAUUUUGAAACCAGCAGUGUAAUUUUUGUUGUUAGCAAUAGCAUCCAUCCAGUAGUUCUCUUAGUUUGCUAACAUGGAAGCACCACCUUACGAGUAUCAGCUGGCCGUGGCUGAUUAUUGGGAGGGGAGGCCGGCCAUGGAUCCAAAUGUAUGGGUUCCCGGCGUCCCUUUGGAGAUGACAGUUGCUCCUCCUGCCAGCCACAGUGGUCUGGUGGAUGGCUCUCCCGGACGACAGCAGCUGAAGCUGGUUGAGGAGGAGAGCAUUGAUCAUCAUUACGCGGUUGAAGUGUUCAAGCAAGCAGCACAAUCACUUCAGGGUGAACGUGACAAGAUGGAGACGAAGAUCCACCUGUUCCCUCCAAGCAUGGGGGAUCUGGCGGCCAAGUACGCCUUCCCCAAGGUGGUGGCCAUCGGCCCUUACCACCAUGGCCGGACCCCGGCCCUCCGGCUGAUGGAGAGCACCAAGCAUGUGGCCGCCUGGCACUUCAUCAACGACUCGGGCCGCUUGGUGGAGGAGGUGUACGGGGCGGUGUGCGCGGUGGCGGAGGAGGCCCGCAGCCACUACGACGUGGACAAGGUGCGGGAUUUCGGCGACGACGACUUCAACCCUAUGAUGUUCUACGACGGCUGCUUCCUGCUGCAGUUCCUGCUGCAUUGGGUUGACGAGGCGGUGGAUCCGCUGCUGAAGGAUGCUUUCAGCUCCAACUGCACCAGCAUCAGUUACGACAUCGCGCUGCUCGAGAACCAGCUCCCAUGGGUGGUGGUCCAAGAGCUGAUGCGCUUCAUGCCGACGCCCCCGGACCUGGUACUGGUACGGUUCACCACGGGAUGGAAGGCCUCUAUGCAGCCCACCGUACCGCUAGUAGACAACAGCCCUCUUGCAUGGGACGACAGCUACACGCCGCUGCAUCUUCUUGAGCUCCUCCGAUACUACAUCGUAGGAAGCACUACCAAGACGCCGCCCCAGCCGGAAGUUCAUAAAAAAGCGGAGAAGAUAUCAAUUUCCGUCAGUGCCAUCGAGCUCGCGGAGAUCGGCAUCGAGAUCACGGCCACCAAGCCUACGGCAGAUUUCAAGGAAAUGGGCGUCAAAAAGAAAAAGUCGCUCCUCACCGGCGAGCUCUUCUUGUUGGCGCCGCCUCCUCGCAGCGCCGCUUCUUCUUCUACCUCGAGCUCCCUCACAAAACUCUCUUGUGGUUUCUCUCUAUCUUCUUCUCUCAAGAACACAAGAACACACACAUACACAUGAAACUCUACACACACACACACCUCACCGUGGGAGGAACCAGCUUUGCUUUGUUCUCCCGGUGAGACACACAUAUGCUACAUCU